CACACACACACACACACACACACACACACACACACACACACACACACACACACACACACACACAAAGGAAAGGAAAGGGGUAAGGAGGAGGAGGAGCGCUCGGUGUUGGUCUGUCGGAGCGGCGCUGAUCGUGUUCACACUGACCGGCAGCAUGGCAGGAGAAAGCGAGGCCGAUCUGGAGCACCGUGAUCCCGAGCACACACACACCAUCCGACAGCCUUUCCUCAUCGGGGUGGCGGGGGGCACCGCCAGCGGAAAGUCAUCCGUAUGUGGGAAGAUUAUGGAGCUUCUUGGCCAAAAUAAAAUUGACCAUCACCAAAGGCAGGUUGCCAUCCUGAGUCAGGACAGUUUCUACAAGGUGCUUACUUCAGAACAGAAGGCCAAAGCUCUUAAAGGACAAUUCAACUUUGAUCACCCAGAUGCAUUUGACAAUGAGUUAAUAAUUAAGACUCUGUGGGACAUCAUGGCGGGAAGAACAGUUCACAUCCCAGUCUAUGACUUUGUAACCCAUUCCAGGAAGAAGGAAACAGUGACAGUGUACCCAGCUGACGUGGUGCUCUUCGAGGGGAUUCUUAUGUUCUACUCGCAGGAGAUCCGGGAUCUUUUUCAGAUGAAGCUGUUUGUGGACACAGAUGCUGAUACACGACUCUCACGCAGAGUCUUGCGAGACAUCAGUGAGCGAGGACGGGAUCUGGAGCAGGUCUUAACUCAAUAUAUCACAUUUGUGAAGCCUGCUUUUGAAGAGUUCUGCCUUCCAACAAAAAAGUAUGCUGAUGUGAUCAUCCCGAGGGGAGCCGAUAAUCUAGUUGCCAUUAAUCUGAUAGUGCAGCACAUCCAGGACAUUCUGAAUGGUGGCUUGACCAAACGACUGAACGGUUGUCUUAAUGGCCACACAACUCCUCGCAAGAGGCAGCCAUCAGAGUCAAGUAGCAGGCCACACUGAUAUGCCCUACAAGAGAACUGGAGAAGAGUGGCAAUGGAAAAGGGACUUGAAGGAUAGUUGUGUGUGUAUAUACUGACAAUUUUCAAACUGCAUUUAAAAAGAAAAACAUUCAAGAAAUGCCUUCUUUGACUUGCUACAGUAUUACUGUUUUGUUUUUUUGAAUGACUGCUGCACUUAUUUGUGAGGGGAAAAAAAGGUUCCUUGCUGCAAAUACUUGGUCAAAACUAUACUUCCUGUUAUUAUUCUUCCUGCUGUUAACUUGUGCAAAUUUUAUCCAUCUGGCCCCAGAUUAUGAGUGUUUCAUAAAUAAAUAAUAAGAGUACGGGUGACUUAAAAAGUGAAUUUGCCAAAGGGACAUAGCUGGUAAAGACAUGCACUGACUUUUAUGACUUUAAUAGAACUAAGAAAUCAUAUUUUCAAGGUUAAAGUACAACUUCUGCCUCUUUGUAGUAAUAUUAUUGCCUCCAGAGCAUUUCAGCUCAUUUGCUGUAUGGUAGAGCUUGUUCCAAGAGACCCGUGACUUGAUUCUGAAUGAGGGAUACGUUUUUUUAAUCCUUCAUUUUUGCUAACAUCUAUCUUCAUGAUAAGUAGGUCAGGCCUUAUAUUGUAUCCUGUACUGUAAAAUAGAGCUCAGUGACGUUAUGAACAGUAUGUGAACAUAACAGAGAUAGUUGUGUGUAAGCAAAAAAAAAAAAGGUUUGGAUGUUCUCCAGGUCCUAUGCAGUAUGUUGAAAGACAGAUUCUUUUAAUACAUCUUAAAGUAUAUGCAGAUUCAGCAAAUAAACCAAGAUCUUGGGUGGCUCUUCUGUACUUUAUUCGAUGUAGUGUUUUCCGACCUUUUAACAACACUCAGAGGCAGAUGAUAAAUUGCAAAUAUAUUCAUUUUAUUUAACAGAAUUUCUUUCUUUCAGAUAAUUCAGUUAUUUUUUGUCAGAGGCAAACAUUAAGCACAUAUGAUGGCACCCAGUAUGUAAUUUUUUUUGUACCACAGAAACUAUUUUGUCAUUUUUGCUGUAGGAAAUAGCUUCAGUUUUCUUUAUAACUCAGGAUCUCAUGUUUAUGCAUGGGAUUUAUGCAGGGACUUAUGCAUUGGACAAGUGAAUUUACUUAUUUUUUCUUUUAUAAGGGCUCAUCAAUACUGAACCUCUUCUGAGAGUAUAAUCUUGUCCUGACUAACGGACUUUGUAUCUCUAAUAUGUGUUUAAUAUUUAUUAUUUUUCAAAGUCACAUUAUUCUCAGAAAUGAAUCAAUACUGUAGAUGUUUUUGCAUUGUCCUUUGUGUCCUGGCAUACACUUCUUUGACUUUUUUCCUGCUGCACAUUUUACAUCUACACUGCUGCUGUGGUACAGGGUAAUUUAAGUGUAUUAUCAAAAUAAGGUUGUUUGUAAGCCAGUGAAUUUAUUUUAUAUUUAAUUGCUAAUUUAGUAGAAUGCAGUCAAAUAAAAAAAAAAAUGCACCCUGCUCUCAGGGAUAAAUAGAGAAUUGUUCAUUUGUGGCAUUAAAAGGCCUAUUUGGUCUUUCCCUAAUAAAUACAAGUUUUUUGACAAGGUAUUUUUUCUUAUAUAAAAUUUAAUGUCACAAAUCAGUAUGUUCUGAUAUUAGUCACAAAUAACUGAUUGCCUCCUGAUGGAUUGUGCUGCUUUUUCUCAUAAAUACUAUUGCAAAUCACACACACACACACACACACACACACACACACACACACACACACACACAUAUAUAUAUAUAUAUAUAUAUAUAUAUAUAUAUAUAUAUAUAUAUAUAUAUAUAUAUAUAUAUAUAAAGUGGUUGAGUCGGUUAAGUCUCUCAGACACCAGCUGUAGUAAACUGCAAUGUGCCUUGUAACAGUUGAACUCUCAAUUUCACCAAUUUUUUUAAAUUACACGGACCAGAGAAUAAUUUCAUUCCAGCUAGAUUUCACAUUGGGGUAAUCUGUUUCUGUUGUAUUCUACAAAUCAUUGUUAUUUUUUCUUGGACAAUGAAUUCAUUGAUAUAUUUGUAAACACCCCCCCCCCCCCCCAAAAAAAAAAUAUGUACCACAGUUUAUGUAUACAUGUCGAUAUCACAUUGGAGAUGCAAUGGUUCAUAAUGUUAAGAGGUAUACAGAAAAAAGAAAAAGAAACAAAAAAAACAGGAAUGACAGCACUGAAAGUUACGUGUUAAGAGACGGGUUUUAAGAAAGGAUUGUGAAUAUGUGGUCCUGCAGUAAGUAAAGUGAAUUGAUUGAUAUGAGUAGGUAAAUGAACACUAUUAUAUUAAUGAGAGAUAAGAUGGGUCAUGUGUUUUCAUCGUCUCAGUGUUUCACAAUGUACUGCAAUUUAAACAAAUGGAUAAACAGCGAUAAGGCGGACGAUUAAAUAAAUAAAAACAUUUUUUAUCAUA